AUGGGGGACAAGUGUCGUGGAAAUGCCUCCUUGUUACUGAAUGAUAUCGGCCGCAGUCAUUGUGACUCUCGAAUGAUAAACGCCCUCAGAGCACGAUGCGGAGAGGCUAAUUAUACCUCCGCGGGUUACGCCACGCAUUGCGCUGCAGCCGUGAGUUGCGGCGGAGAUAAUAGCCACGAUUACUCUCAUGGGGCACAGGCAGAACCACGCAGGCUCGGCGCCGCCGCGACGCCUGCCGGCGCGGGUCCAGUCUUAGAUAGAACCUCCCCUGGUUGCACCUUGUCGCCGUCAUCCGUGUCGUGCCCCGCGGGAUUCGCUGUGACGGACGGGGGCGAAGGUGGGGCCUUUAUCCUGAACGGCCGUGCUUAUAUCGCGGACGCGGACCAGAGAAGCGCCGCUCUCAUCCUGAGUGCGUCGGACGGCGGUAGUAGCCCAAAUAGCGCAGCGGCUAGUGAGGGGGGAUCCGCCAGUUCCGCGGAUAAGGGGGGAUCCGCGGGCAGUGAGGGGGGAUUCGCGGGUUCCGCAUUCACUUCCGCCGCGCUCUCGCCUCCGGUCAGCGGGAGAGGUUCGGCGCUCUCGUUUUCGGCGCGCUUCACGUUCCAGCUGGAGGGGCAGAACGAGGCUGACGUGGCAACGGGGCUUGCUUUCGUCAUUACUGGCGGACCCAACACUGCCGUCGGCUCGCCCAGUCUGGCCGGCUACGGCGGCGCGGCCUUCGAUGCCAGCCUGGCAGUGGUGCUGAGCGGCCGCCCGCCCAUCUCUGCCGGCCUGCUGCUGGGCGGCAAGGCGGACGGCAGUGGCAGAUGGGCGGCUCUCAACCCCUCAUCGCCUGACGCACCGCAUCUGCUGGUCCCGGGGGUGCAGCAGCACGCCUGGGUGGACUACGACGCAUCCCUUUCCACCCUCCGCCUCUUCCUCAGCGGCUCCUCCCCCACCAAGCCUGCAGCUCCGGUUCUCUCCGAGCCUGUCGACCUGCCUCGGGCGCUCGGCUUGGCACCUGACGGCAGCUGCCCAGACGGCAUUGGCGCGGAUGCGGUGGGCGGCGGUUGUCUGUUUGUGGGGUUCACGGGCGGGACAGAAGCAACGGAUGAAGCAGAGAUGGCAGCAGCAGGGAUGGCGGAGGGAGUGGCCACUGGAAAGAAAGCAAUGCAAGUCGGGCCCGGACCGAACUUCCCCAUCUGGCUCGACUGCACCACCAAUGCUGCCGGCUGUGCCUUCUCCAUCCCGAGCCUCAGCCUCAGCCUCGGCAGCGGUCCGGUGGCGUUUGAGGCGGCGUUUUCGGUGUCGUUUGCGGCGAGUGCGGAUUACAACAGCUGGGGCAGUCGAGGGCUCGCGUUUGUGCUCACUGCCGGGGACAAGACUGCCUGUGGCCGCAGCUCCGCCAGCAACAUCGGCUACGGAGCAGCUCCCAACGCGUCCUUUGCUAGGAGCAUAGCGGUGGAGCUGAGGGCGCGGCCGACGGCGUGUGUGACGGUGGUGGUGGGCGGGCAGGUGGCCGGCGACAACUGUGCCGACUCCGAUGCCAUGGCGCUGCUUCCACCGGGGCAGGUAACACCUUGCUUGGCGUUCACGCUGAACGAGCCGCAGUACGUGUGGGUGAGUUACGACGGCAGCACUGGCACACUGCAGAGAGGCACGUCUGCUGCUCCUCUGCCUGACCUCCUCACUCUAUCUCUGCUCCUUCUCCCCGUCUCUCGCCUUCUUUCUCGACCGUUCCCUCCCUGGCUCCUUCUCACCCCACUUCCCACUCCUCCCCAGGCGUUCACGCUGAACGAGCCGCAGCACGUGUGGGUGAGUUACGACGGCAGCACUGGCACACUCCAGGUGUUUGUGUCCCCCGGCGCCCCCACCAAGCCCACGGCACCUGUGCUGGUCACGCCAAUCGAUGUGGCGGCCGUGCUGGGCGGCACGGCAGGACUGUCGGUGUCGGUGGGGUUCACAGGCGCGUCGUGGUGGACGUGGGUGGACGACUUGGAAGACCACAUCAUCCACUCCCUCUCCUUCCAAGCCGUCCCCCCUGGGUCCCAGCAGUCGCUGCCGCCCUCCCCUGCGCCCACCACGUGCCACCUCGUCCCCUCCAACACGCGUCUCACCUGCUCGGGCUUUGCGGGCCGUUCAGCCUUCCGCCUCAACAGCUACGCCCACGUGGGGCCCGCCCCCUCCUUCCCGCUCGUCCUCGACACCGGCGGCACCGCUGGCAGCGCGCUCACCCUCGCUGACCUGGCGCUCUCGCUGGAUUCGUCCACAGACGUCAUAUGGCUACCGGGGAAGCAGAGGGCUGGCGUUUGUUGUUACCAGCGGGGACAAGACUGCAUGUGGUUCAAGCAAGAUGGGUUUGCGGAUGGGGCAGUAGCGCUUGCGUUCUCGGUGUGGACGGAGACGUCGUAUGGCUACCGGGGAAGCAGAGGGCUGGCGUGUCUUGUCACCAGCGGUGACAAGACUGCGUGUGGUUCGAGUGCCAUGGGGGUGGAGCUAUAUGAGGGCCACCUCAUGUGUGGCUCGCUCCCUAUCUGCCCUUCUCACCCCCUCCUACCCCACCCCAAUCUCAGAGCCAUAGGGUACGGGGGAGCAGCACCAGGGGCGUUCAACGGGAGUGUGGCAGUGGAACUGCGGUCGGGGCCCACCUCGUGUGUGGCUGUGGUGGUGAACGGCAUGGCUUCAGGCGACAACUGCGCUGCUGCUGACCAGAUGACCGGCCUCACAGGCGAUCAGCUCGUGCACUGUCCCACUGUCCUUCUCGUGCAGCAAAUAGCUCUUGACGAGGUGCAGCACGCGUGGGUGGCAUACGACGGCACAUCCCAGUCGCUGGAGGUCUAUCUGGGCGGCAGCGACGGCAUAAAGCCCGAGGAGCCGGUGCUAAGGGCGGCGCUGGAUCUUGUGGCUGUCAUUGGUGCCACGUCAGCGUCUGUGGGCUUCACAGCUGGCACGUGGUGGUGGGGAUGUGGCGACACGGAUGACCACCACCUCAUCCACUCCUUCACCUUCAACACCGUCGCCCCCGGGUUCCUGCCAGGAGCGCAGCCCACAACAACACCCACCUGCCAGGCCACCGCCUCCGCCCUGCACUGCACUGGCUUUGCAGGUUCCUCCUCACCCUUUGACCUCAACGGCUACGCCCAGCUGGGCCCGGCGCCGCUCUUCCCGCUGUGGCUCGACUCGUACGAUUCGGUCGGCUCUGCUCUCUCCCUCGCGCCCCUCUCCCUCCUCACCGCCUCCAACCGCUCCACCGCCUUUGAAGCCGCCUUCUCCUUCACCUUCCUUGCUGACGCGUGCGCUGCUAACGUGAGCGUGGGCCGCAGCUUUGCCUUUGUGCUGACCAAUGGCCCGGCAACAGCCCUCGGGAAGGCAAAUGCGAGCUCCCUUGGGUAUGGCUCAGCCAAUGGGACGUUCGCCAGGAGCGUAGCAGUGGAGUUUCGCCUGUGCCCCGUACCCUGUAUAGCCGUCUCCUCUAAGGGAGUCGUGGCGGGAGACGGCUGUGCUAAUGCUGAGUAUGGCGUGACACUUUCAGAUCCUGAGGCAUUUCCUCUCAACACCCAGCAGCGCGCUUGGGUGACUUACCACGGACCUUCCCAGACGCUCAGUGUGUUCCUCGGUGGAGCUUCCUCUGCUUCUGCUUCUGCCUCCUCUGCCACUUCUUCUAUCAAUUCCACUACCUCCUCUGCUUCUGCUCAAACUGCUGCCUCUUCUGCCACUUCCUCUGAUUCAUCAUCGUCGGCUUUCUCGAAUCUUGACACGUCUCAAAACUUUGCCACAUCUGCCACUUCCUCUGAUUCAUCAUCGGCUUCCUCAAAUUCCUCCACUUCCUCCACGUCACCGCCGGUCAAGCCAGCUGUACCAGUGCUCACUGCCCACGUGGACAUCCCAGCCAUCCUCGGCGCCACGUCAGCGUCCUUCGGCUUCACAGCUGGCACGUGGUGGUGGCAGUGGGGCGCGAACGACCGCCACAUCAUCCAUGACCUGGCGUUUGUGGGAAGUUGGUGCGGGGGGGGUGAAGCCUUGAAAGGGUUAUAUGGAAUUCUUGGGUCCUGUGCACGUGACGUGCUAUCUGGUGGUGUGCUGUCGUGA